ACUAUGGAAACGUGACGCCGCCGCGGCUUGAUCGUUCGCCGUUAUGGAGUUCGCGGGUAGCCGCUAUGACGGAACCUACAAAAACGGCAGGAUGGAAGGUAGAGGAGAGUACACACUGCCAACAGGCACACGAUAUGUUGGGGAUAUGAAGGAUGGAUAUUUCCAUGGAAACGGGGUGUUGCAUUUUCCCAAUGGAGGCAAAUACGAGGGUACCUGGGAGAAAGGAAUAUGUAAGCAGGGGACAUACACCUUCUCUGACGGACUGGGGUACCAGGAGAAACACUGGGGGUAUUGUGAAGGACAUGACAGGCGGUUCUAUACAGAAAUAUGCAAUGGACUGAAACCAGCAGGAGAAUCCCAGCUGACCAAUCUGAAUCCUACAAGAGUUAUCCCAGGCGGCUGUUACGACUGCGGGGACGGAUUUUACAACCCCAAAACUCGAAUUAUCGCUGAUUAUGAACACCGCUUCCUGAGAAAUGCAGCCGAAUGUCGGACCAGGAAGAAGCUAGCAUUACACCUUGUCAUUAAGUACUGAACUAGCAGCUGAAGCAUCAGUGUGAUUAUGCUGCUAAUUGCGUCGGCCUCCAGAAGGUAUUGGAUUGAGUUUUGCUGAGCAGAGCACACUUUAGCAGUCGGAGUUAUCUGAAAAUCAAACAUGCCACGGUUAGAAUAUGGCAGGGAUGUCAUCUUCUACUGGAAGUGACAGUAAUCAAGAAGUAACAUCAGCAACACACACCUACAGAGAUGCACAGCUUGUCUCUCCGUGCUGGACUUUGGAGAGAAGUAAUUUAGGUAGUAAAUUUAGAAGUAAUUUUUAGUUUGAAGAGUAAACAUCACCAAAUACAUGUCCGACACCUAUUUGUGCCACGCGAACAUUUUCAGUUCCAUGAUUUAUUUUUGUCUUCAUGUGGCCAGUGUUUAUUUGUCAAAAUGGGUGUGAAGAUAGAAUUUAUUGCCAAUGGCUUCCGUCCAGGAUGAGCAAGCGUUCACUGGACGGACGCUUGCUGGAGACAGAAAGGAACUGCUCUC